ACGUUGACAUGAGGGGUUUCCUGUUUGUGUCACAUGUAAAGAGAGCCGGUGUCAGUCAGGAAGAAACACAUUUAUUGAGGGCAACAGUAUCUAUUUCAUCGAGGUAUCAUCAUGGCACCGAUGUGAGGUUGGUAUGUUUGGCCGAGGAAGAUAUUUCCGCUGGAUAAGGUCUGCCCUUUGGCAGAGUUUUGCCUUGCUCAGCCCAUCAGCCACUGGGAGAGGCUAACAGUGAAGCAGCAUGUCCAGUGGGAAUGAGUCCUGUCUGUUUGAGAAUGGAUCCGUCAGCCUCCUCUCCUGCUUAGUUCAUGUGUGGGAGGAGUGGGCAGGGCUCGGGCAGCUCGAGGACUACCUCAGUUUCUUGGAGUAUUUGCUGUGGGUUUUCACGCCUCUAGCAGUGGUCUUCAUCCUGCCUUUUCUCAUAGUUAUCCUCCUCUAUCUAUCCAUACUCUUCCUCCAUGUGUACAAACGCAAGAUCCAGCUGAGGGAAGCUUAUUCCAAUAACCUGUGGGAUGGUGCGAGGAAAACUUUGGCAACCCUAUGGGAUGGACAUGGUGCUAUUUGGCACGGUUAUGAAAUCCAUGGUUUAGAGAAGAUUCCAGAUGAAGGACCGGCUCUCAUAGUCUACUAUCAUGGGGCGAUUCCUAUAGACUAUUAUUAUUUCUUGGCAAGUGUUAUCAUUCAGAAGGGAAGAACUUGUCAUUCGGUGGCAGAUCAUUUUCUGUUCAAGGUCCCAGGGUUUAAGCUCCUCUUGGAAGUGUUUAGUGUGAUCCACGGACCGCAGGAGGAGUGUGUGAAGGCCCUGCGGAACGGCCACCUCCUGGGCAUCUCUCCUGGAGGAGUACGGGAGGCCCUGUUCAGCGAUGAGACGUACCCUCUGAUCUGGGGCAAACGCAAGGGAUUUGCACAAGUGGCCAUUGACUCUAAAGUGCCAAUUAUACCAAUGUUUACUCAAAACUUGAGGGAGGGAUUUCGCUCUCUUGGAACAUUAAGAUUUUACCGAUGGGUGUACGAGAGGUUUCGUCUGCCGAUAGCGCCCAUCUAUGGAGGAUUUCCAGUCAAAUUUCGCACCUACUUGGGUGACCCCAUUCCAUACGAUCCCAAACUCAAUGCAGCUGAGUUGGCUGAAAAGAAAAAUCGUAGUAGCCGAGUCUGUCCCCUCAUUUCAUCACAUGCUAACCUCAGGUGCAACAGGCAGUUCAAGCACUUAUCGACAAACACCAGAAGAUACCUGGAAACGUCCUCCGAGCUCUUUUGGAGCGCUUCCAAAGGGAACACAAAGAAGAUUAGCACACUUGCCUUCUCUCAGACUGAACAAAUGAAUAUGCUUCAAGCAUAAUUCUGAAUAAAACUGAAUACUGGAGAUUUUAUAAUAUUGUUACACUAUGAGAUUAGCAACUACUGAUGAUAUAGUGGAUGUAACAGCAUAUAUAUCAAUGUUGCAUAUCAAAUAAUGGUGCGUCUUUGUAAUGUCUGGUUACAUUUAGUCUUGUGCAUGUUGAAGAGUGUGUUCUUGAGUUUUGUGUGAAUUUUUUUUUUUUGCACACUUUGGUUUUAAUCAAAGGACCACUGCCAAAUAGUUUGUCCACAAAGCCUUUGGUUAGUUUUUUAUGUCCUUUUAAUAAAAUAGCAUUCUUUCCUGGAAAUCGAUAAUAAUAUAUGAAGUUCCAAAUUUAGAUUUGGGAAUUAGCUUAAUUGUUCAGUCCUGUCAGUCAUCAGUACGAGCGUAUCCUCUAUUUCUCCCUCUACAUAAUACCCUUAUAGGGGGGUUGAGAUUGGAGCUUGAGCCAAGCCUCGGGUUUGAGCCUCCGUUGAGGACAGCAAGCUAAGUUCGUUUAGGUGAACUCGUGAAUGACCUAUCUGAAGGAAUUAAUUAAACAUUAUGGAUACUGUGAUUUUUGGGAUUUUAUAAGCACACUUAAUAAUAAGAGACAUUCUUGAACAUGUUCUUUGAUGUUGAAUACUUACACGUUUUAGUCUGUAUUACUGUCGGAGGCAAACUUCUGUCUAUUUGAUACCGGUCUGCCCUGCACUCAGAGCUUAUUAUAACAUUCUGAUUAUAAAAAAAGAAGUAUGCAAACGCUAAUGAUUUUAUAAAGGUAGCAUACAGGUCUUACAGAAUUAAUUUUGUAACAUUCCUGAAAUGUAUGGAUUUAGUAGUACAUUAAAUGCUAUUUCAAGCAGCAUAAAUGCUGUUGAAUCUAAUAAGUUAUCAAAUCUGAUCAGUGUGGAAAUAAAUGGGUUUAAAUGUAUAAUUUUAUAAGAGAUUUUAUUAUUCACAAUAAAACUGCAUAUUCCUAUGGAUUCAGUGUUGGUAGAACCGUUUUAAUGCACUUUUUUGCUCCCAUGAUCCUUGGGGAGAAAAUAUCUUGUGUGUGACAAAGAUCAAAGUGUCAGCAUGAGCACAGUCCUCGUCAUAUUGUCCUAUGAUCUCUGCACAUCCUGUGUGUUUGGUGUACGAUAUGCAAAUGCACCAGUCUUGCUAUUUAUAAAUCUGUUUGGUAUUGACUUACAGCAUCUGUGCUUCCAUUGUAAAUCCCCCACCCCACCCCUGAAAUCACAUGGAAAAAGAAUAUAUAUAUAUAUAUAAAUAAAAAAGUGUUUAAUUUA